GCCUCCUCUACUAUAAUCUUCAUCCAACGAAAGGAAGGGAAAUGUUCCUUCUCGCUCACACUUCUGCGGAGAAAGAGCAGCAUUUUCCCCCUCUACUACAGAGUGGGAGAAGUCGAACUAGAGUUGAACGAAUUUACAGGAGUUCUACUUCCACUGUAAUUCCCCACACCAGGCAAGUAUCUCAAUUGAUGAAUGUUGAGGUUGCUGACGUAAUGGAUUCCACUUGACACAGCCUAAUGCGCAGCAAACAUAAUGCAUCCACAUGCUACCAAGGUCGACUACUAAACCGCUAUUUAUGUCAGUUAUAGUUUAACUUGAGCAAAUAACCGAUUAUUUAAACCAAAAGCGUAAAAAUGUAUCUAAUUUUAACAAUCGCGUGUGCGUUCGUUACAUAUUUCCUAUUUUUUCGGAAAAACUACUUCGCAAAACUUGGAAUUCCCUACAAGACCCCUUUUCCCGUGCUAGGAAACAUGUGGAAAAUCAUAUUCCGAAGAUCAACCGGUGUGGAUGUCAUCACCGAAAUAUACAAUUGCAACUCGGAAGCUAAAUACGUCGGGAUCUUCGAGUUCUCAGUCCAUGUGAUAAUGAUCAAGGACCUGGAGCUGAUAAAAGAUAUCACGUUGAAGUACUUUCACCACUUUGUUGACCACCGUGCCUUCAUGGAUCCUGAAAGAGAAGCUUUGAUGGGCAACAACCUCUUUUCCCUUCACGGCGAACAGUGGCGGAAGGUCAGAACUCUGCUAAACCCAGCGUUUACAUCCAGCAAGAUGAAGAGAAUGUUCAUGCUGAUGUCAGAAUACGCUAAGACUUUCUCCGGUUACUUGGUAAAUCAAUCACGGAAGGGGUCCAUUGAAUUUAACUCUAAAGACAUCUUCACCCGGUACACCAAUGAUGUGAUUGCUACUUGUGCCUUUGGAGUCUCCGUGGACUCGAUGGUUAAUCCAGAAAAUGAUUUCUACGUUUUCGGGAAGAAAGGAACCAGUUUUGAUGGUAUCAAAGCGCUGAAGUUCUUCCUAUCGAGGUCCUUUCCAUGGCUAGCGAAGCUAUUUCGUGUGAAAGUCAUUGAAAGGGACGUAGAAACCUUUUUCUACGACCUCGUGAGAGAGACAAUUGCAACCAGAGACGAGAAGGGGAUCUACAGACCAGACAUGAUACAACUGAUGAUGGAAACCCGCGGAAAUGAUCCUGGAUCCAAGAAUCCGGAGCUCAGUAUCGAAAGCAUGACUUCCCAGGCCUUCAUUUUCUUCUUCGGAGGCUUCGACAGCACUUCGACGACUAUGUGCUUUGUGGCUCAUGAAAUUGCAGUGAACCCCGAGGUCCAGAAGAAGCUCCAAGAAGAGAUUGAUCAGGUUCUAAAUGAAAGCAAUGAAGAUCCUAAUUACAAGGCCAUCAACGGAAUGCAGUACCUUAAUGCGGUUAUCAGCGAAACCCUUCGGAAGUAUCCUACCCAGGUUUCUGUAGACAGGAUUUGCACCAAGAGCUUCAAACUGCCACCAGCCUUGCCGGAGUUGCAACCUCUGGUGAUGAAACCUGGGGACUCCUUGUGGAUCCCAACCUGGGCGAUUCAUCGAGAUGACCAGUACUUUCCGAAUCCUGAUAGGUUUGAUCCAGAAAGGUUCAUGGAUAAGGAUAGCUUAAACCACUCGGCCUUCAUGCCCUUUGGAAUCGGCCCUAGAAUGUGCAUCGGGAACCGCUUCGCCCUUCUUGAAAUGAAGGUCAUGUUCUUUUACGUUCUUGCAAAGUGUAGCAUCAAGAUUUCUGACAAGAUGAUCAUGCCGAUGCGACUGAGCAAAACCAGUGUGACCUUGAUGGCAGAGGGGGGAUUCUGGCUGGAGAUACACCCGAGAGUGAUUGUCUUGCAUAACAUGUUAGAAGUGUCGCUAUCAACGGUUUUAGCUGCUUUAGCUGGGCUAGUUGUUAUUUACUAUUUCUUCUCUCGCGAGAACUACUUUGACAAAUAUGGAAUUCCUCAUCCUAAACGAUUGGCAAUUUUUGGAAAUAUGGCCCCGCUCAUUUUCCAAAGAGAGACAUUCGUAGGGCACAUUUCGAAUAUCUACAACAUGUUCAAGGAGCCUAAGUACGUUGGGUUCUACGACUUCGGCAUGCCAGUGGCGAUGAUCAGAGACUUGGACUUGAUAAAGAGCAUCACAGUGAAGCACUUCGAUCACUUCAUAGACCACCGGGGAUUCACUGACCCUGAAAUCGAACCUUUGUUCGGAAACAACUUGUUUUCUCUGCGAGGUGACAGGUGGCGGGAGAUUCGAACCCUCCUGACACCUGCGUUUACGUCCAGCAAGAUGAAGGGCAUGUUCAAGCUGAUGUCAGAGUGUGCCAAUAUUUUUACUGAUGCUCUGGUGAAGCAGGUUAAAGAUAGAGCUAAUGAGUUCAGUUCUAAAGACAUCUUCACACGUUACACCAAUGACGCCAUCGCCACCUGUGCAUUUGGAAUAGCAGUGGACUCGAUGAAAAACCCCGACAACGACUUCUACGUCCUGGGUCGACAAGCCACUACCUUCGAAGGCCUCAAGUCGCUCAAGUUCUUUCUGAUUCGCUCGUUUCCGCUGAUAACGAAACUGUUCCGCAUGAAGUUGAUUGACACCAAAUGUGAGGAAUUCUUCUACAAGCUAGUUAAAGACACGAUCGCCGCCAGAGACGCUCAAGGAAUCACCCGACCGGACAUGAUCCAGCUGAUGAUGGAGACCCGCGGCAACAAACCUGGAUUCAAGACUCCAGAACUCAGCAUUGAAAACAUGACUUCGCAAGCCUUCAUCUUCUUUUUCGGUGGAUUUGAUAGCACAGCGACCACGAUGUGCUUCAUGGCCCACGAGAUAGCGUCCAACCCUGAUAUCCAAAAGAAGCUCCAGGAAGAAAUAGACCAAGUACUUGAAAAGGAGAAUGGUAACCCCAGCUACGAGUCAAUCAACAGAAUGCAUUACCUUGACGCUACCGUGAACGAAACUCUGCGUCUUCAUGCGAUUGGUGUAGUCAUGGACCGAAUCUGCACCAAAAGCUAUGAACUACCACCAACUGUACCUGGAGCCAAACCUCUGAUGCUAAAUCCUGGAGAUAAUAUUUGGAUUCCCAUUCACGCCAUCCAUAGAGACCCGCAAUACUACCCGAACCCGGAUAAAUUUGAACCGGAGCGAUUUAUGGAUGAUGAAAAAGACACCUUUAAUCAGGCUGCCUACAUGCCCUUUGGUAUUGGGCCCCGGAUGUGCAUUGGAAACCGGUUUGCUCUUCUGGAAAUCAAGGUACUGUUCUUCUACCUUCUUGCCAAGUGCAAUAUCACUCUUUCCAAAAAGAUGAUUCUGCCGAUGAGACUUAGUAAGAGGAGUUUCACCCUGAUCGCCGAUGGCGGGUUUUGGUUAGAUAUCCAACCACGGAAAUGAUCAACGUCUUUGUAUGCUUUCUAAAUAAAAUACUAUUCAUUUUAA